AAAUUAACUCAUAUUUAUUUAUUGUGAAAUUAACUUGAUUUGACUAUUGAUGAUUCAUUAUUUUAAAUUGUGUGUGUAUGUAAAGACAUACUAAUGUUAAUACAAGGUACAUAGGAUACACCAUAUCGGGCAAAAAAGCCAUAGUGAACAUACUAUGUAAGAUACAUGUAUGUAAACAUUUUUUUAUGUAGCAUCAUGAUAAAUAAUAUUUGAUCAUUGCUACAUUUCAUUAUAAGGAUGGAUUCUCAUGAAAAGAGUGUCAUUAGGGUAUUGUACAUGCAACGACACUAAUGGUUUUGUGCAAAAACCACAGGAAACUUGAAAACGACCACCAUAUUGGUGAACUUGCCGAAAAGCUCGAUUUCGAUGAUUUUGAAAUAUGUUCUGAACAUUCUCUAUGAGAGUGAUUGAUAUAGCAUGUUGCAGUAACAACUGUUAAAGGAUGGCUGUACCUAUGCAUACUUUAAGUAAUGGACAAAAAAUCCCUGUCUUAGGACUUGGUACUUGGCAAGCUGGAGACAAUCCAGGUGUUGUUGAACAAGCAGUGCGAGACGCGGUGGAUGCCGGUUACAGGCAUUUUGAUUGUGCUUAUAUCUACUGCAAUGAAAAGGAAAUUGGCAAAGCUCUACGCGAUAAAAUUGCCGAGGGUGUGGUAAAACGAGAAGAUUUAUUUAUCACGACAAAGUUAUGGAAUUCGAUGCACAGGAAAGAAUUGGUAGUACCAGCAUGCAAAAAAUCACUUGAAAAUUUCGGAUUCGAUUAUGUUGAUCUUUAUCUUGUUCAUUGGCCCAUGGGAUUUGAUGAAAAUUCUGAAGGUCUGUGGCCAGUCGAUGAGAAAGGUAAUCCCAUGUAUGGAGACGUGGAUUAUCUCGAUACAUGGCGAGCUAUGGAAGAAUGUGUAAAGCUGGGAUUAACUAAAAGUAUAGGUCUUAGCAACUUUAACUCCCAACAGAUCGAUCGUGUUUUAUCGAUCGCCCAAAUCAAACCUGUCAUGUGUCAAGUGGAGUGCCAUCCAAACUUAAAUCAGAAAAAACUACGUGAUUUCUGCACGCAACGUAACAUAUCUAUCACGGCUUACAGCCCAUUCGGUUCUCCUAAGCGUACUUGGGCGAAACCUGGCGAUCCAGAAGUUACCAUCGAAGCAGCAGAAAUAAUCGCGAUUAGCGAAAAGUAUGGGAAGACUCCGGCGCAAGUUGUUUUACGAUACUUGAUCGACAUUGGUACCAUUCCUAUACCUAAGUCUAGUUCGAAGGAACGUAUUAAGGAAAACAUCAAUAUCUUCGACUUUAAGUUAACAUCACAGGAAAUUGCAACCAUCAAUACACUUGACCGCGGAAUUCGUAUUUGUCCUGCUGCAGAGUUUAAGGGACAUAAGGACUAUCCGUUCACUAUAGAAUUCUAAAAGA